UCCGGGGACGUGUCGGUGUUUGUUUACGGGUAGCAGCAGCGAGCUAACGCUAGCUUCUGUGUUUGUGUGUCGCCCCGGUAGAAGCUGCAGGUAUAAUAGAAAACAGCUGUUUGUGGGGAGCUACCGCUAUCUUGCUGCUAGUUUGUGUUUAAAAUUGCAGCACUUUCUGGAAUGGUGGCUUGUGCACGUAUUUACAGCAGUAGGGGAGAGCGGGGUAAUGUGGGACAUUUUUUACAUUUGCUCCCCUCUAGGCGAGCUUAACUGAUAUAUCAGUAAAAUUUGUACAUUUCCCAUUAAUUCAGGAUGUUUUCCAGCAAUGGAAAUGAUCAGAAUGUCUUCAGGACAAAGGGCAGUGAAAAUAUGAUUGUUUUAAAAAAAGUGGUCUUGUAUCCCAAGAGUCCACUUACUUUUUCCACUCUAAAACUACCAUAGUUAAAAUCCCGACAGCUAGAUUGACAACCACUAAUAUCGGACUAGUAACAGAAUCAUGGGGAUUGGUCAAUUAAGCACAUUUAUGAUUAUUAUGAUUCAUGUGAUCUCUUGCACACCCUAGCUUACCGGCACAUUGUUUCUCUGUUCAAUUGGCAGGGACAGGGAUAUUGUUUUUCUCUGCGUAUUCAAAUGCCAGUUCACGGCACUUAACUGGAGCAAGGCCAUGGAACUGGUCAGCUAGUUGUUUCAAGUGUUUGGCAAGCUCCUCCUCCAUCUCAUCUGUGAAUAUUCUCUUUACCUCAGCUACUGCACCCCAGGCUGAUUUGACUUUCCCUUUUUCUUUAUGAAUCUUUUGAGGGUUGUCUUAUCAAUAUUUCUUUCCCUUCCAGCUUUUCUUAAGGACUUCUUUCCUUGCAUGACCUCAGCGGCUGCACUCUCCAUCUCUGCGAGGGGUGUUUGGCCCCAGGUUGUUUUCCUGGUGUAGUUUCUUGGCAUGAUGGCUUUUCUACAAUGUUUAUGACAUUAAAAAUAAAACAUAUAUAAUGUAAUAUAACACUAAAAUAUGUUUAAGACUAAACUUAACUUGUGCUUCAUGGUGGGGUAAAGUGAGACACUGUCCCACUUUACCCCACAGCAUUUGUCCCAAUUUACCACGAAGCCACAAUUUUAGAAAAUCAACAUCUCUUAUCAAUUCAGGCUAAUCUUCAGCUAGCAUCAAUCACAUGGUUUUAUAUGUUGGAAGUUCACCAACAUGUAUGAUAUAAGUUUUUCUACCCGAUUCAAUUUGUUUUGACACAACAGUUGAUUAAGUUCAAAGCAAGAAAAUUUACUUUUACAUGCAAUAAACAAAUUUUUGUGAAAAAACAUACUUUCCACUAGCCUGGAUGCCAGACGAACUUAGCCCCGCCCACAACAUUUUUGGUCGGGCAGUUCGGUCUGGAGUUAGCCUGGAUGCCAGACGAACUUAGCCCCGCCCACAACAUUUUUGGUCGGGCAGUUCGGUCUGGAGUUAGCCUGGAUGCCAGACAAACUUAAGGCCUAAUUAUAGUCCUGCGACUGCAUCCGCGGAAGGCCACGCAGCUGCAUCAACGGACUCGUUUUGGUUUAUGCUUCACUCACGUGUUGCGCAUGUUGCAACGCAAUUCACCGCCAGAACACUAGGCGGAGUAACGUUUUGUUUCGAAAACAAAACACACAAAGAAGAGACGUCUUCUUCUUCGUCGAAUCUUUAUUUACAUCGCCACUCCGGCUCCUAAUAGCCUAUUUCUGGCGGACAAAUCGGCCAGUCAGUGACGGGUUAUACAAGUGGUCAUACUUUCGGAUCUCUUCUGCCAAGUGCUCUUCUAUUUGUUCCAUAUUCGUUCUUCUAAAUCUUCCGUGAUUUCCGCGUAUUGUGGGGCAUGAAACCGGAAACUAGACUCCGGACGGGAUGUAGUAAGCAGACCAAUCACAAGCCUUGCGGGCUGCGUGAGGCUCGCGUCGUUUUGUCGUGUAGUUAGAAAAAUUGGCGGACGCACGCAAGCCCGCAGAGGGCACGAAAGGGGCGUGUUGCGUGUCUUGCGUGCAUGCGUGCGUCCGUGCAACACGAGUAUAAUUCGGCCUUUAGCCCCGCACACAACAUUUUUGGUCGGGCAGUUCGGUCUGGAGUCGCUCCAUUGGGAAAAAAUUAUGGGGCGUGUUUCAACUGACCAGGAAGUAAAAUUCCUCUUCGCUCAAUUGGAUAGACCUACAACCAAUCAGAGCAACGUAGUAUGUGACGUAUGCUAAGCGACGCACAGGUGUUUUCAACAGAGCUUAACUGCACGCACACUGGAAGGAGUAGAAGAAGAAGAUGAACGAUUUUUGCCGGUUUUGUAAAAAGAAUUUACGGAUACACGGACAACUUACCAACUCGGCCAGCAUUUUUGAGAAGAACAAUAAAGGUGAACGCACGAACGAACAAGUUCUCCGUUUGGGAUUACGACUCCACAACACAUCGAACAGAUCGUGUCGCAUUUGUCGGCCCUGUAAGAACUUGAUAACACGGUUGGAACGCGACCUUCCCGUGUUUAAACAAUGGACAGACGACGAAGGAGACCAGGCUGAAGAAGCGUGUUCAUCUGAGUCAUCAGAGAAAAGAGAGCGGGGGCCUACUCCCUCCAAGACGCCCAGAGCUCUGAAGAAGUUCUGCCCCAAUCCGUCAACUCCAACCGGUACCACAACGCGAAGAAGCAUUACAGAGGUAAGCUUGUUGUUGAUACAUUUAUACUUCUUAUGAUAUGACUAUGACAAUAACCUUGUGUGUCGUAUAGUGAGUCGUGUUUAUUGUAUUAACAGUGUGUAUAUUCCUAUGUAUUGUCAAUGCAUAUUAUACUUAUUAGGCUAUACUGUAUUUAUUCACACUGAUAAAUGAUCUUGUAUUUCAGGUUUUCACCCAUUACCCAUCACAGACUGUUGGGAAGGUAUGUCAUUCAGAAGAAGCCUCAAUAGUGAACAGCAUUUACAAAAAAAAAUGGACAACAGCUGCAAAGUUAAUGUUGAAGCAUAAACACCUAGUUGAGGAAAUAAAGGUUCAUAUCCUGGAGCUAAUAAGCAACGAAUGCAAGCAUAUCUGUAAUCCAAUCAACGGUUUCAUCCUGUGGAAGUCAUCUCUGGAUGAUCUGAAAGCCUUUUCGUUUACCAGCUUGGAGGCAGACCUAAAAUGUUUUUCACCAUUCCUUUUCUCAAUUCUCACAACUGUCACCAACCACUCUCAAACUGCAACUUGUGCAGCAGCUUCCAUUGCUUUGAGAGGGAGAGAAGCACGCCUGUCAGCCUUUGCAUACUACCUAUGUAGUAUUCUACAUCAUGGUGGGGCGAAAAAAGCAGUGUUUGAAAGGCUUAGCAAAAUGGCCAUAACAACAAAUUACAAAAAUUCUGUAGAGAAGCAGAAGGAGUUGGCACUCCUAUGUGGGGAUUCUCUAAAAAUGUUAAAGGUCCAGAAUGAAGUUUUCCUGAACUCUGAAGUGGAAGAGAACAUUGAUGUUGGUCAGAGAGUGGACACCAGCGAAGACCACAGCACAAGUGAUCCGAAGGGGCCACCUAACACAGUUCGUGAAAGCAUGGAAGAGAUUCACUUGUCAGCAGAUGAAAUGGCUCAAAGCAUAAAUGACUCUGAAAUAGCUACGCUGCCUUUCAACAGAUAAUGUGACCCCGAAGCAGCAGAGCUGGGCUUCAGCUCCUCGGUUUUUCCGAUCACACGUCCCCCUCCUCCACCAACAUAUUCCAUAAUAUUUGACAAUUUGGACUUUUUCAUGCGUGCACAUCAUCAGUCUACCCUCCACAGCAACAAAUCAAUACACUGGAUUCAUCAUAUUGCAGUCCAAGAUAGAAUCACAACAUAUCACCUUAGCAAUGACAAACCGGACCGUGACAUCCUUCAGUACUACCUUUGCAACUCACUCCCCGGACUAGAAACCCAGGACUAUAUGCGACGUGAGUUCAUUGUUCUUGGGAGCCGCACCCUAACCCAGUACCUGGCUGUUUUUAAACCCUUCAAGAAAUUAGUGGUUCACCACAUGCCACAUCAAUAUACAGAGGACAUGGCUAAGUGCUCCACUGAUUACCCUCUGGGACUGCUCUUCAAAGACGAGAACAAAACGUCAGAUUUGGUGGACACACUUCGCCACCUUCAGAAAGAGUAUGUGCCAAAGGGACCGGACGGGGUGUCAACUGUAUUAGUAGGAGGUGACCGGCUGACUGAGGGGAACUGCAGAAACAUACAGUGGGCCUUCUCAGAUGGUGCUACAAAGGAAGACCGACUGGAAGGUCUCAUCUUUAAGUUUGAGGACUGGCAUGCCAUCAGAAACCUCUUUGAAAUCUAUCAUCGGAUUUUCUAUGAUGGUGCAUCCUCAAAAGACCAUGGCACACUUCUUGCCAACAUGACGAAGUUGAGGUGCAGCAAUGCAAAACAAGGUCCCCAUGCAGCUUACAAUGCCUAUAAGGAAUUUGUGCAUAAAGACACAACUGCACUCUUCCUAGCUGCUGCAAUGGAGCACUUUGGGUUGGAGGAUGUCACAGAAAAUCCAGAUGGGUUUGUCCCAGUGGAUGUCAACUACGGAUUGCCAGAACUGAAGAGGAGCUGGCUGCAUGAGUGUGUUGGACAGGUUGUGGACACCUUUGUCAUGAUGACAGGCGUCACAGAAGCUGCAAGUCAAAGGCAGCCUUCGACACAGCAAAGGCAGAGGCAGCAGUUUCCGUGUCGUGCGGACGGGUGUGGCAAUGUGUAUAUGUACGUCAAGGCAAGGGAAACACAUGAGAGAAAGAAACACAAUCUUGUGGCUCCAUUAGACUCUUCUCCAGAACAUGCAAGUCCAGCAGACCAAGAUCACCAAAAACAACACACAGAAGCUAGACUUGGCUUUGGCUUCUUCCUGCUAAACAUGCAGGACGCAGUAAGAGAAGGGGAUGGUGAGAGGCUAAUGAGACUUUAUAAAGUUGCCCUGCUUUUCUAUAAAGCGUAUGGACAUGGCCAUUAUGCCUAUAGCACCUUCCUACUAACACUGCAGGUUAACGUCACACUGUCCCCACGCAUGGCACACAGUUUGAUAUGGAACAGGUUUUGGAAUGGUAGAGGGGGAAAGGGGGAAAAUAUUCCUCUUGACCUCCAUCUGGAACACCUGAACAAUUUUCUGAAAUCAUUUAUGAGUGGCUUGGGACCAAACCUGUCAGAAAUGUCAGCAGCCAGAAUCAGUAAGACCAUUGGCAUCCUCAAAGAGCUGAUGGACAAAACAGACAUAGAGCUGGAGCGGACAAGGCCGACUGGCAUUCACCAUGUAGCUCGAGAACAGGAGGACAUUUUAACCCUGGUCAACGUUUUCAGGGACUUGACUUUUCGAAAAUCACCCAGGCAGACAGUUUCAAGCAUUCCCAAAUUUCAAGAAAAACUUAUUGGUAAAGCUGAAUUACAGGGAAUUAUGGCAAUGGAUGAAGUCCAAAGUGAAAGACUGGAGAAAUGUCCCUAUUUAAAUAGUUAUGUGGAAUGGUGAUGUUGAUGGCAUUACAUUUGUAAAUACUUUUUUCAUAAGUGACAUUGUAAAUAAUUCUUGAUUUAUUUUUUAAUAUAAGUGUCUUUUAGUGUCCACAUUCUUGAAACCAUUAUUUUAGUGUGUUUUCUUAUUGGUUAUAUGUCCAAAAUAUAUGUUUAAACAUUACCUAUUUAUGUGGAGAUAUUAAAAAUCUUUAUUGACAUAUGUCUCAUUGUUUAUCUUUUAAAAUGCAAAAAAAACCAACCAGUAGAAAAGUAUAAACAAUGUAAAUUUUAUUCAAAA